CCCCCUCUCAACUACUCCACAUCAACUCACAACACCCAUAAAAAUGGCAGAAACCCAAAUUCGAUUUGGGAUUCUAGGAUGUGCUAACAUAGCCCACGGGGUAUCGCGGGCUAUGUUACUCUCCCCUAACACUACCAUAUCCGCCAUUGGCAGUCGCUCUCUUGAAAAAGCGGUCGCGUUUGCAUCAGAAAACCAUUUCCCGGAAUCUACCAAGGUUUAUGGUAGCUACGACGACGUAUUGGACGACCCUCAUGUUGAUGCAGUUUAUGUUCCUUUACCAACAAGCCUGCACUUGCGGUGGGCGGUUUUGGCAGCCGAGAAGAAGAAGCAUGUUUUGCUAGAGAAACCGGUGGCGCUUAACGUAGGCGAACUCGAUAAGAUACUUGCGGCUUGUGAUUCCAAUGGGGUGCAGUUCAUGGAUUGUACAAUGUGGAUGCAUCAUCCUCGGACAGCAAAGCUGAAGCAGCUCCUUUCUGAUGAACAAAGAUUCGGACAGCUCAAAUCGGUUCAUAGCGCGGUUACAUACUUAGCAGACGACGAUUUUCUAAAGAAUGAUAUUCGUGUAAACCCUAAUCUUGAUUCUCUUGGAGCUCUUGGAGACAUAGGAUGGUACUGCAUACGCGCCAUCCUAUGGGCUCAUGAUUACGAGCUUCCAAACACAGUUACCGCGUUUCGUAACCCUGAAUACCACGACUCAGGAGUCAUCUUGUCAUGUGGUGCGUCUUUAAACUGGAAAACAGAUGGGAAAGUCGCAACUUUUUGUUGUUCGUUCCUCUCUAACUUAUGCAUGGACAUAAUCGCGCUUGGAACCAAAGGAAACUUUCAUGUGCACGACUUUGUUAUACCGUUCAAUGAAAAAGUGGGAUCUUUUUAUGCGGUGGAUAAUUCAAAAUGGGCAGAACGAGCAGUUGGGUGUGGUCCUGAACCAGGUGUGUUUAAGAUAGCAACUGAUAUGCCCCAGGAAACGUUGAUGAUACAAGAAUUUGGUCGUUUGGUUGCAGGAAUUCGGAGUGGUGAGCCUAAAGAGAAUAAAUGGCCAAUCAUUAGUAGAAAGACCCAACUCGUCAUUGAUGCAGUUGUAGCUUCGAUUAAGAAUGAUUUUGUUCCUGUUAAAGUUGUUUACUAGAUGUCAUUUAUUUGCUUUUAGUUUGGUGUCUUAGCGUAUGUUAUAAACUGUUGGUUGGUGAAAGUAGUAUUUUGAAAUAAAAGAUCUUAAAUUGCCAUGUUUUUUCA